AUGGCCUCCAAGGCAAUUGCGAAGGCUGCGGCAGGCGGUCUCGUGGAGAUCUCCCAGAAGCACACCCUCCAGUCCACAGGCAUCUGGGAACGCAUCCGCCGCUCCCUGGCCAUCGACCCCAACCGCUCCUCCGGCGUGCCCUUGAACCCGACCUUCCGCAACCCGGCACCGGGCGCCAACGACCCCCUGGCCUACGACGACCCCGUCACCGUCCCCGCGGGCGACAUCGCCGACAACCCGUACUGGAAGCGCGACGCCCGCCGCAACUACCCGGCCAUCAGCGUCGUCAACCAGGCCGACGUCGUCGGCCUGCUGGCCGUCGGGUCCGCCGCCAACCCGCGCGUCGAGCUCAUCGGCGAGGCGGGCGAGAAGGCGCUCGUCGCGGCCAAGGAAGAAGGAAAGACGACGGGCAUCGCGGCUUACCUCGAGAAGAACGCCGCGCAGGGCGCCGUCGAGGCGAGCAAGGAAGCGCUGUUUACGAAUGGGUUGCCGCCGACGCCGAGUGGUGAGAGUUUGAAGAGUGGGAAGUGGGAUGUGCACAAGUACAAGGUCAACGAGGAGCAGACCUACGGUGAAGGGUGA